AAAGUCACAUUUCUGCUGAGUGUUUUUUUUAUUACAGUGCACUCAAGGGCCAGAAGAUGGCGCCAAAGAUCAAGGUCAACUACUAUUUCCUGCAGACAACCAACAGGUCUUUUAUGAUUAUCUUAAUGUCAGCAUUUAAAUUCAUGUCAUGAACUGUAGAAAAAUUCCUUUUGAGUGGGGGGGGGGGUAAUUUAAAGAAAUCACAUACUCUAUUUUGUUGCCAGAUGGAGGGAAAGUACUAGGAACAACUGUUGGGUUUCUGAUAAUUUUUUCAUCAACCCGUUGGGAUGUUGGAACAUGCUUGCAUGUCCACAAAGGUUGCUCUCCUGGUCUUUAACAGAACCGACUAAAAGAGAACGAGCACUUGACUGGCGUUAGCUGCUGUUUGGAUGAAGUCCCACCAGCUCAUCUGUUGCCCAUCAAGGGUGCAGCUUCAGGAAUGCUCCGGCUUUAGUGUCUCACGGCAAUCUUCUCACUCGUGCCUUUUCUAAAGUAUACAUGAGCGUAGUGUCUGCUCCUGUCCAAGUUCUGACAUGUAAGUGACUGUACCGGCGUUCCCUUUGUGGUGUCGCAGGUGUCAUGUGACCUUGCAGGUCAUCUGACUCUUUGUGUCAGGUUACUGGUGGAGGACAACAGCAGCAGUGAAGCCCACAAUGUCGAAAAUGAACACAAUUCAGUUGACUCUUACAUUUUCUUUGAACGUGAAGCUUGAGGGAACUUCCUCCUCACACACACGCAGUACAGAAAUGUUGGUAGAGACACGCCCCCUUUCAGUCUCAGGUGUUGUGGUCACAAGAUGUCAGCCUCUCAGCAGGUUGGGGAUGAAUUUUUGAGGGCGUCGCUCCCUUUUGUGACGCGAAAGCCGAUCUGUCGUCUUCAUGAAUGUUUCAGAGAGCGAGUCUCGCUCUGUCAAGUGAAGAGAACGGCCGAUGGUUUCUAUUCCUUCAUUCGUUUCUUUAUUCAUCCUUCCAUCCAUCCACCUCACGGCCACAGGUAAAGAGUUCUUUCUGUCAACAUUUUAUACUCGGCAGCUUCACUAAGAUGUCAUUGCUGGUGGGUUUGUGGUGGUUAUAGCAAUUAGACGUCUCCUCGUGUAGUAUUUUUUUAUAUGUAUCAGAAGUGUAAUCAAGCCCUGAUGCUUUUGCAUGUGUCUGUAGCUUUAAUGCUAAUGAGCUGCCCUGUGUGUCUCCAAGAAGCCCUCACUGUAGUGAUGUGGGAAAUCACUGAUUUCAUCACUGAUCUGUUGCUGAAUAAAAUUCGAUCCGGUUUCAUACCGUAUUUACCGUAGUGAGGGAAAUGACAGACAUGUAACACCUCCCUCCAAACCAGAAGGGGGCAGUAUAGCUAAAAACUCUUAAUUGAUGCUUUCAACCCCUCCACUACCCCACCCCCACACCCUGAAUUCAGGUUAUUGGUGGAUGGUGUCAAAGCGAGAGUGACAGCCCUGACAAACACACAUCAGACAGUUUGUGGGCGUGGCCAUGGCGGCAUGGUUGGCCCGGGUGUCCUGGGCAGACGCCUGGCACGACAUGUACACGCGGCUGCUGCGCACCAAGCCUGUGGGCUCCAUGGCGCUCAGCAGCGACGACCUCAACGAACUGGACGACAGCUCAGGGGUUGGACUGGCCAAGGUCCUGACCACCGUGGACCUGGUGUCCCUGGGGGUGGGCAGCUGCGUGGGAACUGGGAUGUAUGUAGUGGCUGGGCUGGUCGCCAAGGCGAUGGCCGGGCCGGGCGUUAUCCUGUCCUUCAUCAUUGCCGCUAUGGCAUCCAUUUUGUCAGGCGUGUGCUACGCCGAGUUCGGCGUCCGUGUUCCCAAGACGACAGGCUCGGCCUACACGUACAGCUAUGUGACUGUCGGUGAGUUUGUGGCCUUCCUGAUUGGCUGGAAUCUGAUCCUGGAGUAUCUGAUUGGCACGGCGGCAGGGGCGUCGGCCCUAAGCAGCAUGUUUGACUCUCUGGCCAAUCACAGCAUCAGUAACUACAUGGUCACCCACCUUGGGACGCUCAGAGGACUAGGCAAAGGUGAGGACACCUACCCCGACCUGCUGGCCAUGUUCAUCGCCCUGCUCGUCACGGUCAUCAUCGCCCUCGGUGUGCGCAACUCCGUGGGCUUCAACAAUGUCCUGAAUGUGGUCAACAUGGCGGUUUGGGUCUUCAUCGUGCUGGCCGGUCUCUUCUUCCUGUCUGCCAAGAACUGGGAGGGCGGCAUGUUUCUGCCCUACGGCUGGUCAGGGGUGAUGCGAGGGGCAGCGACCUGCUUCUACGCCUUCAUCGGCUUUGACAUCAUCGCCACCACAGGAGAGGAGGCGCAGAACCCCAACACCUCCAUCCCGUACGCCAUCACCGCCUCGCUGGUCACGUGUCUCACCGCCUACGUGUCGGUGAGCGUGAUCCUGACCCUCAUGGUUCCCUAUGACCUGAUUGACAGCUCGGCUCCUCUCAUGGAGAUGUUCGCCGUGCACGGCUUCCUGUGGGGGAAGUACACGGUGGCGGUGGGCUCCAUCGCCGGCCUCACCGUGUCCCUGCUGGGCUCGCUCUUCCCCAUGCCGCGGGUCAUCUACGCCAUGGCUCGGGACGGCCUGCUCUUCAGGGCCCUGUCGCACGUUUCGGCGCUCACGCAUACACCGGCGGCCGCGUGCGUGGCUUCGGGGAGUCUGGCGGCGCUGCUCGCUCUGCUGGUGAGCCUGAGCGACCUCAUCGAGAUGAUGUCCAUCGGCACCCUGCUGGCGUACACUCUGGUGAGCGUGUGCGUGCUGGUGCUGCGCUAUCAGCCUGAGGAGAUGGAGGACGGUCGCCAUGACGACUUGGAGCAGCAUAUUCCCGCCAAAGAUGACCUGGAGGCUGAUGGCUCCUCCUAUCACGGCGAAGAAGACUUCCACACUGGGGAUGCCUCGCUGCUGCAAAGGCUGCUGGGAGGUCAUUACUACACCGUGCGAGCCCGUCUCGGUGUACCCGAUGCGUCGGCACGCCCCACGGCUGUGACGGGGCGCACGGUGACCCGCUGCACCCUCCUCUUCUUCUUCCUGUCCUUCCUGCUGUGGACCACCGUCAUAUUUGGCGUGGAGCAAGGAGCAGGGGUGGGCGCUGUCGUCUCAGGCCUGACAGCGGCGCUGAUAACAGGCUCCUUGGCGAAGCUUUUAAUUACCAUCUUACAGCAGCCCGAAAGUGGGCGGAGUUUGCCCUACAUGGCGCCCUGUGUGCCAUUUGUGCCCGCCGCCGCCAUCUUGGUCAACAGCUACCUCAUGCUCAAACUCUCGCCUCUCACAUGGGCGAGGUUCUCCAUCUGGUGCGUCAUCGGUCUGCUGAUCUACGCCUGCUAUGGCGUGUGGCACAGCACGCUGGAGAUCAACGCCCGCGAGGAGCAGGCACACUCCAGCUCCUAUCAGCGCUUCGAUGACCACUUGGACGACACCUUCACCGCCGACGAUGACCUGUAUCCCCAUGAGCAGGAUGAGGGAUCCUACCAGGGCUGGGCCGCACCCCAGGAGAGGAGCUCCCGCUACCAGCACAACCAGCAUGACGACGGGGAGGACAAUGGCGGAUACCAGUGUGGUCCUGGAGGCCAACACACAACUUGGGGGCAGAGCAAUCACGGCUUUGAUGACGAUGACGAGGAGGACUGACUCAGUAAGGCGUCAUGAUGAGCAGGAGGACCUGAAGGUGGGGUUUGUAAGAUCUCCUUUUGACCACAUUUUAUACCAUAAAUGCUCCAAUGCAUGCCAAUCAGCGGCUCCGAGAACAUGGUCGACAUAAGCACAUCAUCGCCUGGGUCCCAUAAACCCCCCCCCCCUUUGCUUGCGUUUUACUUUGUUGUACAUUUGAUGCUUGGUUUGCUUGGCUGGAUGUGGUGUUGUUUUCCUCCGAAAGAAUAAAUGAGUGAA